GUCACAUGACUGAGUGAAAGAAGCCAAUCUGAAAAGGCUAAAUACUAUAUGAUUUCAAUUAUACGACAUUCUGCAAAAAGCAAAAGUAUGAGGAGAGUAAAAAGAUCAGUUGCCAUGAGUUCAGAGAGCAGGAAAUGAUGAAUGAAUGAAUCACAGGGGAUUUUUAGGGCAAUGAAACUAUUCUGUGUGAUAACGGUGGAUACAUAUGUUUGUCGAAACCCUUAGAAUGUAUAACACAAAGAGUGAACCCUGAUAUAAACUAUGGACGUUGGUUGAUAAUAACAUAACAAUGUUGGUUUAUUAAUUUUAACAAACGUACCACGCUGGUGUGGGAUGUUCCUGGUGGUGGGGGAGCUGUGUGUGUAUCUGGGGAGGGAGUUUGUGAGAACUCCAUAUUUUCACUCAUUUAGCUGUGAAACAAAAACUUCUUUAAAAAGUAAAGUUUAUUAAAUUAUAAAAAAGAAUUAUAGGAGAAAAAAAGAGGAUUUGCUGUGUGUGAAUAAGAAUAUACUUAAUGGUUUGAGCUUAUUUCUUGUAUUUUUUAGAUAUUUAAUAUCUGUGCUUAUUUUUAGUGUGCUAGAUUAACCAGUUUAGAAGGAUGUGUUAAUAUCUCCAACUACAAAUGUUGAUUUAUCUAUUUCUCCCUCUACUUUUGUCAGUUGUUUAUUUAUAUAUUUUGAGUCUCUCUCUCUCUCCUAUUAUGAUUAAAUCUUCUUCUUCUUGGUUCCUUUUAUCAAUAUGUGUCAUCCUUCUUCAUCACUUUCAUUAUUUUACCUUGAAUUCUAUUUUAUUAGAGCUUCAAACUGAUACUCAAGCUUUCCUUUAGUUCAUAUUGCCUGAAUCUUUAUCUUUCUUUUAUCUUUUUUCUUUCUUUCAUUUUUUCAACAUUUUUGGGUUUUUCUGCUACUUGUUUUAAGUAUGCUUCUUGUAUACGUUCUUUGAUUCUACUUGAGAGUUUCUGUCUUUUAAAUAGUGAGUUCAACCUAUUGCUAUUUAUUGUGAUUAUUUUAUAUUAAGUUAUCAAUGCCAUCUUAUUUCAUGUUUUCAAUGUACUGUUCUGCAAUUUUGUUUCUUUUUAAAAUUUACUUCCUACUUUUCAUUGAAUAAAUCAAAAAAAUAUUUUCUGAUUUUAAAAAGUUACAUUCUAUUUUUGUUCUCUGGUGGAUACUCAACCUCAGAUUCAUACUCAUGCUUAUUGCCCUUAUCAAUUUCUUAGACUUAUUGUAUUGGGACAGACUGUAUUAUGCUGUGAAAAACAAUUACACCAAAACAAAACAAAGAUAGUUCUUUCUCAUGCUGCAUGUCAAUUCUAAGUUGGCUAGGCUCUGUAUUACCUUUCUCCUCACUUGGGAGCCAGGACACAUGAAACAGCCACUAUAUGGAACAAGGUGAUGAUUGUGGGGAGGGAGAGCUCUGGAGGGUCUCUCAUCGGUAUUAAAUGCUUUGACCUGAAAGUGACACAUCAUAAUGCCAGAAUGAGCCACAAGUCUCCACUUAAUCCCAGUGACUGAGAAGUACAAUCCUCCCAUAUAGUCAGAAGACAGUAAAACUGGAAUAUUUGGUAAACGUAAUAACUAAUACACUCAUCCAUAUCUUUAUAUGUCUCCUAAAAAGACAAGCAUGUGAGCACAUUCUUAGGUCCUUUUCCUUUGUCCUUUCGUUCUUCCCUCUGCUCCAUGUUGCUAUUGUCUAUAAUUAAGCUUUUAGAUUGUUAUGAAUAUACAUUCCUUUUAAAAUUUCUUUGGCCUUAGGUUUUUUAGACAACAAUAAACUUUACUAAAUGUGUUAGGUCACUUUGUAAAAUAAUAAACUUUAUUGAAAUAUUUGAUUCUCCCUUAUUUCUCAUAUCUCUGGCAGCACUCUUCUGUGUUUACUUAUAUAUUUUUUAAGUACCUCUUUGAAGAGUAUUUUCAGAGAGGGUUUUAUUUGGAUAAAAUAUUCUUAUAAUGUCCUUGUAUAUAAAAGACUAUUUGGCUGGAUAUAAAUUUUAGAUUUCAAAUACCUUUUUUUAAUAGGUAAAAAAUAAUAUUCCACUGUUUUCUUGCACCCAGUGUUACUAUUGAGAAGUUUGUGGCCAAUCAGAUUCUUGUUCUUCUGAAGGAGAUUUGAUCCCCUUCUCUGGAAUCUUUUAAAAUAUUACUUCUAUCUUUGAUAUUCUUAAAUUAUGGUAAUUUGUCUCAAUAGUUGAUCUUAUCUCUAGUUUUUAUUACUCUAUGAGCCCUUUCAAUCUUAAGUCUUUCUUCUUUCUUUAACUCUAAGAAACUUAUCUACAUUAAUUUUUCAAAUAGUGUUUACUCUCAUUUGUUUUUGUUCUGGAGCUUCUUAUAUUUUUUAUAUAUGGUGGCUUGUCUCCAAUCCAUAUCCCUUAGAUUUAUAUUGUCUCUUUUGCCUUCUGGGAGAGGUUUUAUGUUUGGUCUUCCGGCUUUCUUAUCCCUUCUUCAGCUCAAUUAAUUCUGCUCUUUGUAUCUCUUAUUAAUUUCAACUGCUGUGUAUUUCAACUGUUACAUGUUUAUACUUUAUUUUUCUAUUUGGUUGGCUUGUGUUGUUUUUGUCCCUUGCUUUGCAUUGCAAUAUCUUUCCUUAUCUUCUUAAGCAUAUUUCUUUUUUUUUCGCCCCAAGCAUAUUUCUUAAUUUUAAGUGUUUUGGACUUUUGCCAAAAUUCAACACCCAAUCCCAAACUAGAAAUAGGAGCAAGAUUUGUCAAUUUGAAAAAGAGCAUCUGUAAAAAAUAUACAGCUAACGUUAUAUCUAAUGGUGAAAUAUUGGAGACUCUUUCCCUAUAAUUAUAAACAAGGCAAGGAUGCCUACUCUCAUCACUUAUUUUUUAACACCAGCUUAGCUUUAUGUUUUGUGGGGUUUUUUUGAGGAAGAUUAGCCCUGAGCUAACAUCUGCCACCAAUCCUCCUCUUUUUGCUGAUUAGUUUUUUUUGAGGAAGAUAGCCCUGAGCUAACAUCUGUGCCCAUCUUCCUCUACUUUAUAUGUGGGAAGCCUGUUGAGCUCCCCCUGUUUGUUGGCUCUUCAACAGGAAAUUCCUUCUGUCAGGAUUUCAUCUUUAAGCACUUAGGGAAAGGCAGCUUUGGGAGGAAGUCAUCUCAUCAUCUAGAAUUUACCAGCUCUCAAUUUUUUGAUGAGAAGGGUUGCAGGAUUGAAUGACUAAGACAGGCUGGUCAGCCCUAAUCUGUUUCCAGUGAUUCUUUACCCUAAAAUCCCCUGCCUUAUUAUCACCCCAUGACACCUGCACCUACAACUUGGGCUUUUAACUUUGAUUUUUGCUACAAAGGAACAAGUGGAGAUUGGUUCCCUCCCUCAUAACGCAAAGGGGAGGUAGGAGUAGAACUUUUAAAACUUUCUUCAAACUAUCCUUUUACUCGCUCCUCUGACCACCCUUGGCCUAGAAUGCAGGCAUUCACUGUACACAUGCAACCAUAGACAAUCAUCAGUUCCUCUAGGAGUUGUUGCAGAUUCUUUAAGCUCCUAGAAUACAUGUUUUCCUUUGACUUUUACGGUUUAUAUAGAUUUGAUUGAAGAAGCCAGUAUCCUGUGCUUGUCGUCUACCUAGGCAGGAACCAGAAGCUUCUGGGUUGGAUUUUUUUUUACUUGAUUUAUUGCCUUUCUCAACUAGAAAUGCAAGCUAAAAUUUGAAAUUGGCAAGAUAAAUAAGAUCCAUGUGGGCUAAUCUGUUGCAGCCUUUAAAUUAUUAAUGCUAGGUAUUGGUAUGUGGCAUUAAAUUAUCUGACUCAUAUUCUGCCCCAAAAAGAGAACUGCAGAGAAAAGAACCUCUUGGGCUCAUGGGAUCUAUCCACAGGAUUCUGGAGUCUUCCUCUCAUCAUAUGGCCUCAAGGUGGCUAUGAACAUAACUUUCAGCUAAAGUUGCUUGUCUCAGAAUUUGGAAUUGUGGGUCCAACCACAGAAUCAUGAGGGAUUUAAUCACUUGAACAAAUGACAAAAAAUGGUUGGAUGCCUUUAUUUCAAAGGAAUGAAUCCGCUUUUGGGGAACAGCGAAAGAGGAAAACCCAAUAGAACGAUUACAAACUCAAAGUUCAGAAUAAAAUUAAAAAAAUAAACAACCCAUGCGUUUAAGGGUCAGGUUUACUGAACAACUAUGUUAGUUCAAAAAAGCUUGUUUUGGGUCAAGUUGGCAAACUAACAUGACUCCCUUGCCAAAAUUAAUGCCACAGAAACUAUAGAAAUAAGAACAAAUCAUGGAUCUUAGGAAGAACAACAAGAAGGACAAACUCUGAGAAGCUCUUUGAAGACUGAAGGCUGUCAUGAGCUUGUGGGGAAAUAUACUCUGGGGAAAAAAAUUAAGAAGCUUCUGGUCUUCCCAACCACUGGACAACAAGAGAGUUAACACACAAUGGGGCAAGAAGAACCUCAAAAUAAACUUCAACAGCAGCCUUUAUUUCCUCACCAAGAGUGCUUAUUUCCCUCUGGCCUUGUCAACACUAGAAGGAGUCUGCCAUUCCCAGUGGAUCCCUUGGGUCAUUGCCAUUGUGUUCAUCCCAGUUCUCAGUGUCUGUUUUAUUACAAGUUGUUUGGUGACUCAUCGCAACUUUGUACACUGCAAGAGAAGCAUGAGAGUGUUCCAGCUUCCAGAGCACCCCAAGAAGCUGACAUGCAUCAGAGAGAAAUCAGAACUGAAAGAGAGCACCUGGAACUGUUGUGCUGUUGGCUGGAGAUCCUUCCAGUCCAACCGCUGCUUUCCUCUUAAUGACAACAAGACAUGGGCCGAGAGUGACAGGAACUGUACAGGGAUGGGGGCUCAUUUGGCUACUAUCAGCACGGAAGCUGAGCAGAACUUUAUUCUUCAAUUUUUGGAUAGACGAUUUCCAUAUUUCCUGGGACUUACGAAUGAGAACCCUGAAGGCCAGUGGCACUGGGUGGACAAGACACCAUUUAACCCACAUAUAGUAUUCUGGCAUGAGGGUGAACCCAACAACUAUCAGAAAGAAAACUGUGUUGUCCUUGUAAGUGCUCAAGACAAAUGGGCCUGGAAUGAUUUUCCUUGUAACUUUGAGACAAGGAGAGUUUGUAAGAUACAUGGAACAGCAUCCUGUGAAACCCGUGAGUAGGUUUCUACAGCUCACUACUCUGUCUCUUCUAGUGGCUGAGUAGAAACCUGUGAAGGUACCCUUGUGAUGAGGACAGAGAAGAAGAACCAAUGAGACAAGGGCAGCAUGUACCUGCAUCAUUGGAACUGAAAAAACAUGCUGGAUCAAAGAACAUUUUCAGUCAUGAUGGCUUUAUUUAUUCUUAUUCAUUUCAUUCAAGGUAAUGUGUUUUUGUCUGGUGUUUUGAUGGAAGGAAGCAUCUUUUCUGUGAGAACCAGUUUUGAUUAACUUCGCUUUCUUGAUAGUAUUUCAAAGUAUUUACUUUUCAAUUGGUGUGCAUCAAUUACACCUCUAACAGAAUGGCUUGAAUGGUGUAAUCUCAGUCAGUUUUGCCUCUGCUCAGAUUCUUAGCUCUUAAAAUUCAAAGUUAGGAUAUUCCAACUGGUAGUGAUGUCGUACUUUUUCAACUCAAAUAUUACAAAUCUUUUAAAGGUUUUAAACAUUUCUAUUGUUUGAUACUUCAUUUGCAGACUUUUUAAUAGUAUUAGUCAUUAGGCUGAUAUUCCAUGUGCAAAAUAUUUUCUGAACAACAGUAUAGAAUAGUUCAGAAUUAUGGUAUUGCCUAGGUAAGAAAAAAGAGUCUAUCUCCUUUUAAAAAAUAUAUUUCUUACUACACCCUAAAUGUCUUCCCAAAACGGGGGGUUUCAAGCUUACCUAAUGUCUUUGUGAGUGGAAAAGUCUCUUUCAGGCUACCUUAACCAAACUUCUUCCAUUUGUAUAGUUGAGGAAACAAAACGCUCAGGAAACCAAUGAGCCCACCUUCACAUUGCUAGUUCAUGACAGAAACAGGACUAUGGCCCAGAUCUACCUUCAUAAGUGGUGAAAUGCAUUCCCUUUAUUAUUAUGGGAAAGUUACUGGGGAUAACUUGGCCAACAGAUAAAAGUUCUUCUUCUUCUUCUUUUUUUUUGGUGAGGAAGAUGGGCCCUGAGCUAAUGUGUGUGACAAUCUUCCUCUAUUUUGUAUGUGGGAUGCCACCACAGCAU